CUCAGUCGGCCCUGGGCUCCGGAGGAAGAGGAAGAGGAAGAAGAGGCUCCGGCCGGGAAAAGGCAGCCCCGCUUCCCCAGGCGCCGCGUCGGAGGCCGGCUGCAUGCGGUUGAUGCUCCUGUGCUGCACCUGGAGCCAGGAGCCCAUGGGCGAGGACGAAGGAAGUGACCUGCCGAUAUGUGCCAGCUGCAGCCACAGCAUCUACGACGGCCAGUACUUGCAGGCCUUGAACGCCGACUGGCAUGCGGACUGCUUCCGGUGCAGCGAAUGUGGGACGUCACUCUCCCACCAAUACUAUGAGAAAGAUGGCCGCCUUUACUGCAAGAAGGACUACUGGGCCCAUUUUGGGGAGAUGUGCCACGGAUGCUCCGAACAGAUCACCAAAGGGUUGGUCAUGGUGGCUGGAGAACAGAAGUACCACCCUGAAUGCUUCAGCUGCCUCAAUUGCAGGGCGUUCAUCGGGGAUGGGGAUACCUAUGCGCUGGUGGAGAGGUCCAAGCUUUACUGUGGCCGCUGCUAUUACCAGACGGUGGUCACACCAGUGAUGGACCAGUUGCUUCCGGAGUCUCCCGGCCCCCGCAUCCCCCACACCGUCACCCUGGUGUCCAUUCCAGCAUCUUCCGAGGGCAAGCGGGGCUUCUCCAUCUCUAUCGACCAACACAGCAGUUCAGAGCAUGCCCAUACCGUACGCGUCCGGGAGUUGGACCCGGACUGUAUCAGCCCUGACAUGAAGAACUCCAUCCAUGUUGGGGACCGCAUCUUGGAGAUCAACGGCACUCCGAUCCGGCAUGUUCCCCUUGAUGAGAUCGACCUCUUAAUCCAGGAAACCAGCCGGCUCCUGCAGUUGACCAUUGAGCAUGACCCACAUGAGGUUUUGGAGAGCAGCCCUUUGUCAGAACUGCGCAGUCCUCUCCGUUCACCAAGUCGGACUCCUUGCCCAGAUCCAGCAGCCAUCCGUCAGCGAUCCAUUAUGAGAAGUUGUAGUAUCGACAAAUCUCCUUGCUCCAGCACCCUGGGGUCCCCCGCCUCCCAACGGAAGGACAUUGGCCGCUCCGAAUCGCUCCGGGUUGUCUCCCGGCAUCACCGCAUCUUCCGCCCCUCAGACCUCAUUCAUGGCGAGGUCUUGGGCAAAGGGUGCUUUGGUCAAGCCAUCAAGGUGACUCAUCGAGAGACAGGGGAGGUCAUGGUGAUGAAGGAGCUCAUUCGCUUUGACGAGGAGACCCAACGGACGUUCCUGAAGGAGGUGAAGGUAAUGCGUUGCCUGGAGCAUCCCAAUGUGCUGAGGUUCAUCGGCGUUCUUUACAAAGACAAGCGGCUGAACUUCAUCACUGAAUACAUCAAGGGGGGAACACUUCGGGGGAUCAUCAAGAACAUGGAUAGCCAGUAUCCUUGGACUCAGAGGGUCAGCUUCGCCAAAGACAUUGCAUCAGGGAUGGCUUACCUUCACUCUAUGAACAUAAUCCAUCGGGAUCUCAACACUCACAACUGCCUUGUGCGAGAGAACAAAAGUGUUGUCGUGGCAGAUUUUGGCCUCGCUCGGCUCAUGGUGGAUGAAAAGAACCAGCUGGCCAGUCUGAAGAAGCCGGACCGCCGGAAACGCUACACGGUGGUGGGCAACCCAUACUGGAUGGCUCCGGAGAUGAUCAACGGCAGGAGCUACGAUGAGAAAGUCGACGUCUUCUCCUUUGGCAUCAUCCUGUGUGAGAUCAUCGGGAGAGUGAGUGCGGACCCCGACUACCUGCCUCGCACCCUGGACUUUGGCCUCAAUGUCCGGGGCUUCCUGGACCGGUACUGCCCCCCUAAUUGCCCUCCCAGCUUCUUCCCCAUUGCUGUCCGGUGCUGUGACUUGGAUCCGGAGAAACGGCCUUCUUUUUGCCGGCUGGAGCAGUGGCUGGAGGCCCUCCGGAUGCACCUGGCCAUGGCACUGCCCCUCAGUCCACAACUGGAGCAGCUGGACCAGGCCUUCUGGGAGACCCACCGACGGGCGGACGGCGGGUUGAGCGUCCACCCAGAAGUCUCCGAAUGAGAGCCUUUGGGCCCCCUUCCCGCUGCCUAAGGCUCACCAGCCGGAGCAGGUCUCCGGCCCCAAAGGGAGACACUUCUGUGCCUGGCCUGCACAGGAAUGGCAAAAUGGGGUGCGGGGGUAGGGGUGGGGGGUGCCACACAUUCCCAGCUUGUGUAAAUAGACAUCCCCUUCUUUCCGACAGAAGGAGCGCGGCAUCUUUUGGCCCCUCCAACCCAAACGCCUUUUGCACGCUUUUCCGCUGAGCACGUCCGCUUCGGCAUUGAAAGGGGGCAUUAAAGGAGGGGGUCUCUCUUUCUCACACGUUCAGGCCCUUUCCCUGUCCUGUAUAGACCCUCAUCCUCCAAAGCGGUGCCUUGGGUUCGCAGGGAACUCGCACACACGUUCUUUGUCCGCGUUGCCGGUGCAAAUUCCGUCCACAUGUAUGCGUGUCCGUGUGUCCAUGUGUGCGCAUGGCCCUGGAAGCGUGCGUCCGCCUGUCCGUCUCUCUGUGCCCAUGUGUCCGAGCUUUCCGCCAUCCUUGCAGUCUGUCUCCGCUGCUUUUGGGGGGGUUCAUUUGAGGCUGUAACCCCUUCCCUGCCCUUGGCUUCUCCUCUCCCAAUGGCUCUCCUUUUCAAGCUUCAUUUCGAUCCAAAAGGUACGCUGCAGAGUUAAUGGCACACUCAUUCCACUGUGUCCUGUAGAAUAUGCGAUUCAAGGGGGUGGUUGAGGUCUUUGGCACGGAACCGUAAAUUGUUAUUUCUCAUUCAUGUUAUCAUUUCCAUCCCUUCCUUUCGUUUCGAUAUCGUUUUCCAUACUAGGCCACCAACAGAUACAGUACACCCAAACACUCAAGUUUCCAACAAAAGGGAAAUUGGAAGAAUACAUAUGCACACACAUGUAUAAAAACAUCCCCAAAGUUGUUGCUAAAUGUAGUUAAACUACCGUGCACUUGAGGUCAGUUUAAAAGUGAACCUAUUCCAGAGUUUUCUUGGCAAGAUGUGUUCAGUGCAGGUUUGCCUUCACUUCUCUCUGAGGCUGAGAGAGUGUGACCUACCAAAUUGAUUUCAUUGGGGAUCCGAACCGUAGGCUCUUCCUAGCCCAGCAUCCAAGUCACACUAAACUCAACUUGUUUUCGGAAUACUUCUCAGUGGGUUAAACUGCUAAGCUGCAGAACUUGCUGCCUGGAAGGUUGGCGGUUCGAAUCUGGGGGACAGGGUGAGCUCCUGCUGUUAGCCCCAGCUUCUGCCAAACUAGCAGUUCAAAAACAUG